CGUUAUCUGAAAUCUAGCUCAAAAUGAUUUCAAUAUCAAGAAUCUCUUUUCUAAAGGCAGCCACAACAUUCAAGGGAUUCUCAAGAUCUCUUGUUCCUAAAUUCACCUCAACCUUCUUAUCUUUCAACUAUUCAACUGCCAAACAAGAUCUUCCAAAGGAUUUGAACAGCUUGAAAAUUAUCAAAACAAGAAAUAUUGGUAUUAUUGCUCAUAUUGAUGCUGGCAAAACUACAACUACAGAGAGAAUGCUUUACUACUCUGGCUCCAUUCAAUCAAUUGGAAAUGUGGAUCAGGGCGACACAAUUACUGAUUAUCUCCCUGCAGAAAGAAACAGAGGCAUAACAAUUCAGUCUGCUGCUGUCACCUUUGCUUGGAAUAAAAACAAAAUUAACUUGAUUGAUACUCCUGGUCAUGCUGACUUCACUUUUGAAGUUAUAAGAUCUUUAAGAGUUUUAGAUAGUGCUGUGGUUAUUUUGGAUGGUGUUGCAGGUGUUGAAGCCCAAACUGAAAAGGUUUGGAACCAGUCAAAAUAUUUGAACUUGCCAAGUAUCAUAUUUAUAAACAAAAUGGAUCGAAUGGGUGCUGGCUUUUCAAGAUCUUGUAAGGAGAUUAUUCAGAAAUUGAAAACAAAAAUCGUCCUUGUAAACAUCCCGUAUUUUGUUGAAAAUACACAAACCAGAGAAAGAGUCUUUUCGGGUAUCAUUGAUGUUAUUGAAAAAAAUUUGUUAAUUUGGGAUAUCAAUGAUGACAUCAAUGGCGAUAAAAUCUCUGUGGUGGAUUUACUACAAACAGAAAAUCAAUCAAAGUAUCCACUUGCUUUUGAAGAACUACUAAAAUCGAGAGAAUCCAUGAUUGAGACGUUGUGUGACAUUGAAGGAAACGACAAACUAUUUGAAAACUUUUUCAAUAAUGAUGAGAAUUAUUUAAAUGUCGAUAAUAAAACUUUAAAAAAUGCAAUCAAGUUUUCAACAAUAACCAAUAAAGUUUCGCCAGUAUUAUGUGGUGCAAGCUUUAAAAACAUCGGUGUACAGCCUUUAUUAGAUAGUGUAAUAAGUUAUCUACCAAAUCCUGUGGAGACUCAGUACCCAGAAAUUUCAUUCAAUUUAAGCAAUAUUUCCAAAAGAAAAACAACCAAAAAACAUUCUAAUAAAUCAAACAAUGCAGCCGAGCAAAAAAUUCCAAUGAAAUUUGAUGCCACCAAGGGUUUAGUAGUGAACAACAAUCAGCAUUUGUCAUUGGCUCUAGCAUUCAAAGUUAUAACUGAUGACAGAAAAAAUAUCAUGAUAUUUAUCAGAGUUUAUGCCGGAACUGUUCUAAAUGGUUCUGUUCUUUUGAACUCCAGAACUAAUAAAAGAUUUAGAAUCAUGAAGUUGCUUCUAAUUAAUGGAAAUGUCACUCAAGAGAUCGACAAGUUGACAUGUGGGAACAUUGGGGUUAUUAUUGCUUCUUUGAUAUCCUCAGUAUCAGCAGACUCGCAAGUCGAAUCAAAACAUUCGAUAUCGGAUGUUUCAACGUCUGACUCUUUAGACAAUUCUAAUUUUGGGGGGUUGAAUAACGAUAAUGAAAUAAGAACAGGAGAUACAUUAAUUUGUCACAUCUUUAAAAAAGAUGGCACGAAGAGCUUUACUGAAUUAGAACAAUCUUUGGUACUCAACCCAAUUUCCAUUCCUCCAUCAAUUUUCAUCUCCUCUAUUGAACCGAAAUCACUCAAAGAUAAAAAGAUAUUAGACAACAAUCUUGCUAUAAUACUAAGAGAAGACCCUUCAUUACGAGUAUUUUAUGAUGAUGAGACUGGCCAAAUGUUAUUAAGUGGAAUGGGUGAAUUGCAUUUAGAAAUCGUUAAAGAUAGAUUGAUCAAUGACUUAAAAACAAAUUGUAAGAUGAGUAAAGUAAUGGUGUCAUAUAAAGAAAGCAUUUUAAAUAAAUCUCGGACCGUCAAUAAGAUUGAUGAUAAUAAUGGGCAUUUUGUUUGUGAGGUAAGUUUGCUGUUAGAACCAAUUAGUGGAUUGGCAAAAGAUCAUGAGCUAUACAAUAAAGAGGGUUUAUUUGAUCUUGAACUUGAUAACAACUUGAUAUAUGUGCCCCUAGAAUCUGCACCUCAAGCGGCUAGAACAUUUUUCAACAGUACUAAGGAAAGUAAAGAGGAUUCCGCAGAAGAAAUGAUUUGGCCUUAUCAAAUAAAGUAUGAGCAAAUAAUUCAGAGUCUUUACUCAUCAGUAAUAUCCGGAUUACAAAGAGGAGGACCAAUUGCAAGGUUGCCGCUAAAUUCUGUUUUGGUUAGAAUUAAUAAAUGGAAUAUCUCUAAAGAAUUGAGCAGCUGGGCGCCAUUGCUACAAGUUACAAGAAAUGCAAUGGUUGAAGCGAUUAAUUGUUACUCUAAUGAAACUGACUUAAAGAAAAACUAUACAUUAUUGGAACCAAUUAUGAAAACCCAAGUGUUUGUAAAUACAGAAGAUCUUGGUAAAGUGAUACAGGAUUUAACUUCCGUCAGAAGAGGAGAGAUAUCGUCGAUUGAAGAUGACAACGAAAGUAAUAAUUUGAAUAGAAAAAAUCCAAAUGCAGAACCAACCUAUUUUUCAAGCUCAGAUGAACUAAAUAAGCAAUUUUUUCCAUUUGAUCCAACAUUAACUUAUGCUAGCAGUGGAACCAAAAAAGAAGUUUUGAGGGAUAUCAAUGGGAAACAAAAAAUCAAUGCGGAAGUGCCAUUAAGAGAAAUGAUUGGAUAUUUGAGUAAAUUAAGAAGUUUGACUAAAGGAAAUGGUGUAUUUUUGAUGGAAUAUAAAGGAAUGAAAAAAGUGUCUUCCAACGAGAAAAUUAAUGAAAUAUUGCAACAAUACUAAUUUUCCAGAAUAGUGGGUUUCUCAUUCGAUAUUUUCAUCUUUAUUAUUUUGUAUAUAUAUUUAAUUUCAUUUAUAGUUUUAUUAGAUAUUUUAGAGAGGUCCCCUUUAGGUUUGAAUAACUGGAUCUUUUUGCUUUUGUACAAUUUAAAAUACAUAUUCUUCAUAUAAAUAACAAAAACGUUGGAAAGGAAAAACAAUCAAAAAUUUAUGAAAUUAAGAGUUACAGAAAGCACAUUGAUUUAAAAAGUGAUAUAUAGUGUGUAUUUGCUAGAUAUUACUUUGAACCAUAUUUAGUCUUAC